GAGGUUGCGUGUGCGAACCAUAUAGUCUGACUUGAAGAAGAGUCUUCGAAGUAUACAAACAUGUUAAUGUAUUACAAGUUGGGAAUAUAUAUUAAAUUCAACUUUAUACUUUUCUCUUUUCCUUUCAUACGUGAACUUUUUCUUUAUUCCUUCAAGGAAAAGGUCACUAUAUUUUAAACAUUUUUGAACAAAAUCUUCAAAACAUACUAUAUUAUUGUUUCCAUAUAACUAUGCUAAAAAAUUAAGAUAUUCUAUAUCUUCAAACUAAAUUAUAACGAAAUCUUUAAAAUAUACAUUAUAUUAUUUGCAUAUAAUUACGUUUAAAGCAUUCAAGAUAUAGUUUUUCCAUGUACGAUAUUUGUUUGUUUGUUGAGAUAAAUAGAUAAAUGUACGUUCAUAUCACUGGCUCUAGGCUUCACAUUGUUAUGCUGGUCUGAAUAUAUAAUACUUUAUCUUGGGCCCACCCAGUUUACAUUUUUGUUAACCUUAUGGCAUGAGUUUGCAUCGAACCGUAAAAAAAGCAGCUGAUCAUUACACUAUUCUCUGAUAAUUCAUUAACUUCAAUUCUUGACAUCAUUACCGAUAGUGAAAAUAUAAUUAACCCUAAAUGCUUUUAUAAUUAACUGAAAUAUAAGAAAUUAGGAACAUUGUUAUAAGAUCACUUAGAAGAUAUAAGGUUUACAAAAAAAAAUAAAAAUAAAAUAAAAUAAAGGUUUACAUUAUUAUUUUUAUUUGAUCUUACAAUGCUGUUGGAGGACCAGCUAUUUGGGAGCAUUGUUGCAUUAUAAAAACAUAUUGAAUGGAGUAUAUGAUUUGUAAUUAGCUUCAGCAUCCAUACAAGCUUUACAAUAAACGAGAUUUAUGAUACCAAAUUCACCGAUCAUGCAUUUGGUUGAAACUGCGCUAGCUGAGUACGUAUUUACUGAACCUGCUAUGCAUAUAUCUCUUAGGAAUAAUAAAACAAACUCUUGAUCGCCAUGAUGAAUAUGAUUUUGUAAGUUUUUUGUUUUGUUCGAUGAAUUAAGUGAUUGAUUAUGUAGUCCAAUUUACAUACGAAAAAGACGGUCUAAGGAUUCUAAUUAAUAGACACAUUGAACUUGAUAGAUAUAAAGCAUUUAACCAAUUUUGUAUUUUGUCAUAAAGAUUUUUUUUAAGUAGUAAAUAGUAAUUAACCUGAAGAAUUUAGCAUGGAACAUAUGAUCCAACGGUUAAGAUGUAUUUGAUGAAGAUUUUGCAUGUAAAUAAGAUCGACGCGCGUUAUUCAGUUUCCUUUUUUUGUAUUCAUAGAUACUCUAAAAUUUCCAUUUUACUCAAUCGGCGCCAGAUAUAAUACGAAAGCACUUCACAUUCUUCAACAAACUCCAAAUAUCAGAUUCCAAUUAGGGCUUUCGGUUGCAGUGAAGUAAAAGUAUAUUGCCGUCAAUGGAGUUUAUGAAAACCUUAGGAAAAGGCUCGUAUGGUUCCGUCGAUCUCAUGAGAUUAACAAAGCCAGACGGCACGGAGCCAUGCUACCAUGCAGUGAAAAGCUCCUACGCUCACGACUACGAGUCUCUUCGCAGAGAGUUUCGGAUACUUUCCAAACUUAGAAACUGCCCUAGAAUCGUGCAAACCCUAGGGCCGAUGUCGAGCGGUGUUAAUGAUUAUGGAGUCAGAGUUUUUAAGAUGUCGAUGGAGUACGCAGCUGGUGGAAGUUUAGCUUCUUUCAUGGAAACAAGAACGUUGUCUGACUCGAUGAUCAGAGACUUUACGCUCAUGAUUCUUCAAGGACUUGUCUCUGUUCAUAGUCACGGUUAUGUUCAUUGCGAUCUCAAACCGGAGAAUCUCCUUGUGUUCCCGCGUCAUGUUGGUGGCUUGCAAUCCACGUAUGAGUUGAAGUUAUCUGAUUUUGGAAUGUCUACAAAAGCUGGAGAGGAGUCAGAGUUUUGGGAGUUUGAUUCUCCGUUCUUGGGAACGCCUCUUUACAUGUCUCCGGAGUCUGUUCAGGAGGGUGUUGCGGAGAAGGCGUUGGAUCUGUGGUCGUUGGGUUGCGUUGUUUUGGAGAUGUACACCGGAGAGCCGACAUGGCCUUUUGCGGAUUCGGAGGAUCUUAUGCCUGAACUGUUGAAUGGGAACGCACCAGAGAUUCCUCAGUCUCUUCCUUGGGACGCAAGGCAGUUUCUGAAGACGUGUUUCGCAAGGAAUCCGGAUGAGAGAGGAAGCGCUGAGGAGUUGUUGAAGCAUCCGCUUCUUAGGAAUGUUUCUGAUCAGAAGAAAGUGAUGGUUACCGGCGCCGGAGGUAAGAGAGAAUCGGUGGGUGUGCUGAAACCUGGAGAUACUACAAAGAAGCACUUAAGAGUGAAGAUUAUUCCACCAAAGCCAUUACAGUUUAAGAAAGUUUCUCAUAGACCCUUGAGGUUGAAGAUUAUACCUCCAAAACCACCAGGAUGCAAGCUCGUUCCUGUUUAGUAGAGUGUGUCAGUAUUAGUCUUUGUUGCUUGAUUGACAUGUUGUAGAUCAACUUAAUUAGACAUUGAUACAAGUUGUAAAGGUUUAGUUUGUCAAAAAAAAAUGUAUUAUAUGGCCACAAGCACAACCCUUUUGAGUUCUGUGAAUCUCUUGAGCUUUCAAUAACUGUAUUAAGCAUAUGUUUAAUUCUAUAUUGUGCUCACUAAUAAUAAAGCCACUUUGUGGUUUGCAAGUCACUAAAUCUUGAGAAUAUAUGUAUG